AUGCCAGACGAGGACGCAGCUUGGCUGCAGGACCAUACAAGGCAGGACCAGAUGGCGGUGUGGCAGCCGCAGACAAUAGCAUGGAAGCUGCUGGUGGUGGCUGAACGGACUCCCCAGAGCUAUCAGCGGACAUGGGGAUUUCGUCUGACUGUGAGUCCCAGCAGCUCUCAGUUCUUUGAAGGAGACUUUGUGUCUCUGAGCUGUGAGGAGGACGACAGCUCUGCUGGAUGGACUCUGAGGAGAAACACAAGCAAACAACAGAGGACUCCGUGUGGAGAUGGGUGGGGAAAACCAGCUGGUUCUUCCUGUAACAUCACUAUGAUGGUGCCUCAUGACAGUGGAGUUUACUGGUGUGAGUCCAGAGAGGGUCCCAUCAGUAACAUGGUUAACCUGACAGUCACUGGUGGAUCAGUGAUCCUGCAGAGUCCUGUCCUCCCUGUGAUGGAGGGAGAUGACGUCACUCUGCUCUGUAAAACAAAGACCACUCCCUCCAACCUCCCAGCUGCUUUCUAUAAAGAUGGCUCCCUCAUCAGGAAGCAGCCUGCAGGUCACAUGACCACCCAGCAUGUUUCCAGGUCUGAUGAAGGCCUCUACAAGUGUGACAUCAGCGGUCAUGGAGAGUCUCCAUUCAGCUGGAUCACUGUCACAGGGGAACACACCACCACACCUCCACCUACAUCCACACCUCCACCUACAUCCACAUCUCCUCCUGGUUCCACCUCCAUCACUCGUCCUCCUGUUCUCUAUGUGUUGUAUUGUGUUGGAUCAGUCUGUGUUGUGGUUCUACUGGUGUUACUGGUUCUGCUGGUGAGACGAUGUGUUCGCAGGAAACUUGAAGCAGAAGAAAACACGACAUACUGCAACAUCGAAACAUCACACUGUCAAAAACAACCAAACAAGAAAUGCAGAGACUUUAAACCAGAGCCAGACGUUGUCUCUUCACUGAAGUAGUCCACCAGUCCAACCACUGAUGGCCCAGCUGCUGGUCUCUAACUGGUCCCCCCCACCAGCACCUCAGACAAGGAGACAUCCACAAGUUUAAAAGAUUACUCUGAUAUUUACAUAUUUUUUUUUCCACUUAUUUAGACUCAUAUUCUUUAAAAUUCACAUAGGUCU